CUGGGCAGCACGGCCCCGCCCCCGCCAUGGCCGCCGCCUGCGGGUGCUACUAAGCGGCUGCCGCGGCAUUGGUUUCUGCGGUCCUUCUCUACCUGCUAGGUCUCCCGGUCCGUGGCGCAUGGGUCUCUUCCGAGGCGGGCCCUCAUGCGCUCGGGCCAUGGCGCGCUUGGGCGCUGUGCGCUCCCACUACUGCGCGCUGCUCCUGGCCGCGGCGCUUGCCGUCUGUGCCUUCUACUAUCUGGGCUCUGGCCGGGAGACCUUCUCCAGCGCCACCAAGAGGCUGAAGGAGGCCCGCGCCGGGGUCCCUGCCGCACCCUCGCCGCCCGCGCCGGAACUGGCGCGCGUCUCUUUGGCGCCGGCCCUUGGUGCCAAGGCCAAGAGCCUGGAGGGCGGCGGAGCCGGGCCGGUGGACUACCACCUGCUGAUGAUGUUCACCAAGGCGGAACACAAUGCCGCGUUGCAGGCCAAGGCCCGCGUCGCGCUCCGCUCCCUGCUGCGCCUCGCCAAGUUCGAGGCUCACGAGGUGCUUAACCUGCACUUUGUGAGCGAAGAGGCCAGCCGCGAGGUGGCCAAGGCUCUGCUGCGGGAGCUGCUACCGCCUGCCGCUGGAUUCAAGUGCAAGGUUGUCUUCCACGAUGUCGCCGUGCUGACGGACAAGCUCUUCCCCGUUGUGGAGGCCAUGCAGAAGCACUUCAGUGCGGGCUCAGGCACCUACUACAGCGACUCCAUCUUCUUCCUCUCGGUCGCCAUGCACCAGAUCAUGCCCAAAGAGAUCCUACGGAUAAUUCAGCUGGACCUAGACCUAAAGUACAAGACCAACAUCCGGGAAUUGUUUGAGGAGUUUGACAAUUUCCUGCCAGGCGCCAUCAUUGGCAUUGCAAGAGAGAUGCAGCCGGUAUACAGUUUUACAGAUGACCACAACUCACAAAGGAACUGGCUUUUGGCCCCAUCUCUAGAAAGGGAAGCCCUGAGAUGCGAGCCCAGGCACACUUUCUGGCAGUUCCGCCAUGAGAACCCCAAGACCCGGGUUGGGGGCCCUCCCCCUGAGGGGCUCCCUGGCUUCAACAGUGGGGUGAUGCUGCUGAAGCUGGAGGCCAUGCGCCAGUCCCCGCUCUACAGCCGCCUGCUGGAGCCUGCGCAGGUACAGCAGCUGGCCGACAAGUACCACUUCCGGGGCCACCUUGGGGACCAGGACUUCUUCACCAUGAUUGGCAUGGAGCAUCCUGAGCUCUUCCACGUUCUGGACUGUACCUGGAACCGGCAGCUUUGCACCUGGUGGAGGGACCACGGCUACAGUGACGUCUUCGAGGCCUACUUCCGGUGUGAGGGCCACAUCAGGAUCUACCAUGGGAACUGCAACACCCCUAUCCCAGAAGUCUAGGUGCAUUCUCACCUGCCAUGCCCUCAGGCCUCUGGAUCUGGGGCAAGGAAAGGGGCGCCUCUGGGUCUGAACCCCUUGGGAGACACUGCAGGGACGUCCUUUGUGGUCAGGUGCUGCAGCUCUCCCACUCUGUGAAUCUCCUGAGGUCAUCCAGUGACAAGGACUGUCCUGCACAUUGCUGGUGCUUGGGGCCUUUUCCCUCCAGGGGGACAGGCAUCGUGAAGGACACACACUCAGGCAUCUUCCAGUGGGCUAGGAGGCGGGUGUUUGAAGAGAAGGAAGGAAAGAAAACAGUGCCUGCCCUUUGCCUUCAGUCCCCAAAGAAUGGAAAUCUUUCCAAGAGCCAGCCUUUCUUGGACCAAGUAUAAAUUUAUUUUAAAUUGAUAGGCUUCCAUUUUGCGAGAAAGAACAAAUAGUACUGCUGCAGUUCCCAGUGAGCUCUGAACCAGUGAGCCAAGGUUUUAACCGCUGGCCCAGAGUCUAAGCAUCCAAAUGAACGCUGACCUUCCACAGGCACACCCCAGGGGGCCCUGCGCUUACUUCCAUGGUGCUCACAUUGCCUGCUGCAGAGGUGUGAAGAUCACCACCUCUUUGGGGAGGGAGGGCCUUCAGCGCCAGCAGCGGCCCACAUCAGAAAACUGCUCUCAUUAUUGUAGCCUUCAAGUUGCAUCAUGAACCUCAUUAUCCAGGCCAGCUCCAGGUGACCAGACUGUGCUCAAAAAUCAAAUCCGCCAUCAAAGAACAGAGGUCGGCCACUCCCUAGGACACUGGGAAGACUCCAAAGAGGACCCCAGCCGUGCUCAAGUGUAACUGCGUGGCUCAGAUGGGCUGUCGCUCUUAGGUUUAUAAGCAUUCUAGUCUCUGUUUAAAAAAACCAUCCUCCUGACUUUCUUACUGCACCUCGUCAGACCUUGUACAUUGGAAGAAAUUAGAUUGUUUCUUUAUUCUUUUAAUGAGUUCUCUUGUAAGUAAGCUGCAAACAGAAAACCCUUAGCGGUCCAUUUUGUAGAGUCCAUCUGAGGGGCUUGGGGAAGAAAUGUUGGAUUUUCAUCUUAUUUUAUCUCAAUUUUAUUUACUUUUUUAUUUCCCUUUGCCAUGAGUGAGGAUAGCUAAUAAAUAAUCUUUGAGAACACAGUGAUUUCUGUCAUUUGUUCUCUGAGUAGUUUUCUGCUAUGUGCAAGUUCUGAAUCGAGAGUGUGAUUAAUGCCAUUCAAAGUCUCCUUCUCCACCGGAUUAAUUUAAGCGAGUUCACAGCAGGUCUCUAAUGACUAAGGGGGAGCAUGUCUGAGAGGGCAUAGGGAGGGCAGUAGUAUUGUAUUGGGUUCAAAUCGGGAAUCGUUUCAUUCUUAGGUAUUGGUGGGCCCUUCUGCUCUUGGGAGAAAAAACAACCCCAUCCUUUCUUAUUGUCUUUACCACAAACUGUCCAGUUACAUUAUCUGCUGAUGAAGUGGAGCAUGUUUCUCUCCUAACUCUCAGCCCUGCCAGAAUUGAUCUGUUCUCUUACGUACUUGAUUUCUUAUUUAUAGCUACCAAUCAUUGACUGCCUGCAGUGUACAAGCAUUGUAUUGGGAGAUUUAUAUAUACUAUCAGUAGUACUGAUGAAAACCUCAUGAAGGUAAUUAAAAUUCUAAAGUCAUUGUAAGAAAAUAAUGAGAGAUGUGGACAGAGAAUCGUUGUUUGUCACAGCACUCUUUUUAUAAUAGAGAAACAGUGGGAGCAACUCAAGAUGUUGAACAUGGGAGUGGAUAAAUAGUGUGUUACAUGCACAUAAUGGGAUACUUUAGGCAUUAAAAAUUGUAUUUUUGAAGAAUAUUUAAUGCCUUGGUAAAUGCUUACAAUGUGCUACUCAGUUUGCAAAAUAUAAGGUUGUAUGUACAGAAUGCUCCUAAUUUUAUUCUUAAAAUUAUAUACAUAUGUACACAAACAAACGUGUGUUUGCAUCAAAAGAGAGCUUGUUCUGCUUUAUUUCAUUAGUUCAGCUCCUAAAAAAACACAUGGGUUUCAAACACCAUAUUAAAAAAAAAAAUUCAAUGGGAAAAAUGUAGAUAAAAUGCUAGAGAAUGUUAGACUCACAUUAACAAAGGUAUUUUUCUUACAAUAAUUUCAAUAAUUAAAGUAUUUCUAUAGCUAUGAGUGUCUUUUUUAUUCUGAGGAAAAAAUUAACUGGUUGAUCGAAAUGGGCAAAAGCUAAACAGAAUCUCAUUUACUUUUGCAAUCCCCACUCAGGAGUGUUCCCUUCCUCUGUCACCCCUGGCAUUGACCUUACAACUCCAUGAAAAACAACAAGGUAACAACAGGAAAUCUGGUCAGACCAAAUACGCCACCACGUACUUCCGAUCUUUACCUGGGCAGCUUUUUGAUAGAUCUUGGAAGCUUGAGAUCCUGUUAUAAUCAAUGCAAUACAAACAUAAUUAAUUGUGCUCUGUUUAAUUGGCUUUAUGAAAACUUUCACUGUGGAGCAUAUGCCUGUAGGUAUGAACAGAACAGAAGUCUGGAAAGAAAACAUUUCUGGGUAGUAGGAUUAAGGUGUUUUAUUUUAAUCUUCAUCAGUAUUUAUUUCUCUAUUUUCCAUCAUGAAUGUUAAUUACUUUUAUAAUAAUAGAUGUCCUAGAAUUUUAGCCACCCGCCUUUCCCCCAAUUACAGGCAAGUAUCGUCCUGGCCACUGUACAGCUCUUGAUUGGCCACAGUUAUCAUCACCCAUAAGAAAACAUAAUUCCAGCUAAGUAGGCUCUGAGUUGUCAACUUUCCCUAUGGAUGCCCUCGUUCUCGAAAUAAAAGUGACCUAAUAAUA